UAUCGAUGAGGCCCUUUGAUUUCUGGUAAACAUCUCAAUCAUUGAUAUGUUUAUGAUGAAACUUUUUGUAACAUUCAAGUCAAUAAUUAUGCAAAGCAAUGAGAUGAAAAGUGAAAAAAGUUCAUGUUCAAACUGAAUGAAAGAAACAAAAUAUUUUUGUUGAUUCUAAUGCGUUAAACAGCUAUUUGGAGGUGAAAAUCAAUCAGGAAGUUAAUGGUUCAGUGUUCAGUUUAUUUCGUUUCCGUUUGGGAUUCUUGAAUUUCUCUCUUUUUGUUAAAAAAAUUAAUGCUUGACAUUCAUGACGUUAAAAGGUUUCCUUUCACUCUUGACUUUUGACAAAUAUCUCAACUAUCUUCUGUCACACCGAUAAAGGAUAAAAGCAACAGAACAAUUAAAGAUGAAAUCGAUGUUGAAACAAAUCUGUAAAUAAGUUGCUAAUUUUUCAGGUUAAAAUGCCCAAAGCUUGAAGAUUGCAUUUUAAUGAAUAACUUGGCCGUUUGAAACAAAAAUGAGAGUGAGUGAGGAAAUGGGAGCGACUCAAUGCUUUGAGACUUCUCCCUCAUUUUUGCUUCCUUUUUCAUCUAUUCGUCUGAACUUUUCCUUUUCUACCUGUUUUCAUCUUGAAAUCUGAAUUGUUUUUUUUAUUUCGAGCAACAGUAAUUGUUAUGGAUAAAAAGUAUUUAAUAAAUUUUCGUCGUUUGCUAAUCUUAUCAGCUUUGUUACCCUUAAUUCAUGGAGCUGUGAGACCGAUUUACAACAUCGCUCACAUGGUUAACUCCAUCAAAGAGAUUGAUCUUUAUUUAAGUCGUGGUGCCAAUAUAAUCGAAGCUGAUGUUUCUUUUUCUUCCAAUGGAACCGCUUUACAUACCUUCCAUGGACCUCCAUGUGAUUGUGCUCGCUUUUGUAAGGAACAAGAAGAUAUUGAGAAAUAUUUAGCUUAUGUUCGAGAAAUAACCAAACCAGAGAAUAUAAAUUACAAAGAACAAUUAGUUCUUUUGUUUCUGGAUCUAAAAAUUUCAUCUUUACCUUUAUCUGUUAAGGCAACUGCUGGAAGUGAUUUAGCAGAAAAGGUGAUUUCCAAUUUGUUUGAAUUUGGAACUACAACUUCAAAAAUUAAGCUUCUUCUAUCCAUUGGCCAUGUUUCUGAUUAUGAUUUUGUUCUUGGAUUUACAAGGGAACUAGAAAGGAGUAGAUUGCAGCAUCUAAAUGCUAAAAUUGGUUGGGAUACUGGGUUGAAUGAUGAAGUUUCAGAUGUCAUUUCAUUUUGGCGACAAAUUCAGAUUACCAAUAACAUUUGGCUUGGAGAUGGCAUAUCCAACUGUAUCUCCCCCUUUUAUAGUCUUGAGAGGUUAACUGAAGUGCUAAAUAGACGUGAUUCAAAGGGUCGUUCAGAUCCGAUUAUUGACAAAGUUUAUCACUGGACAAUCGAUUUGCGGCCUAAUCUUAGAGCCUCUCUCAGAUUUGGUGUCGAUGGGAUAAUUACAAAUCAUCCAGAGAGAUUGUACGCAAUACUUGAGGAACCCGGCUUCAGCUCGAAAUACAGAUUGGCCACACAUGAUGACGAUCCAUGGAAGAGAAUCCAAUCCUAUCCUCAUGAUAAACGCCCUGCAAAUGCCAAUCGAAUUAUUAAUAAACCAACCAUUUCGAGGGAAUCGGUUAUUUAGAUCAUUCCGUCUUUUGAUUAAAAUGAAACAUUUGUAUAGAAGUACCUUCUAUAAUACCUACCAUAAUCGAAGGGAUGAACCUGGACCAGCACAUUUACAGGUAGUCAAGAAGAGCGUGAUCUUAUUGAUCUAACAAUUCCUGUUGGACUUGAAGGAUUCCCUGAUCCAUAGAGUAAGGUUCAUCAAGUCAUCUUUACCCAAAUAGUAAACUAAAGAAUUAUGUAAAUAUGAAAUUUUAUUCAUCUUUUAUGCCAAUUAUAAAAUCUUUUUUUCUCAUCGUGGCAAAGUCUUCCUGAUCAAAAGCCAAUUCCAGGUGAAUGCUAAAGAUUUAAAAUUAAAUAUUAGUUUGCAUCUAAAUCUUUAUUGUACCAUUUUAUGAUCCAAAUCUCAACUAAAAGAGAAGAUAUUCUGUGAACCAGAAGAUGGUGAUCGACUUGAAGACCUCCAGGUCAACAGUGUCAGCUUGCAUUGAUUGGAAUGCCUGGUAAUUCAAUCUUAUCAUAUGCAAUAAUAAUAUUCUGAAUAAAAUCCACAUGUUUGAAAGAUAAUCAUGGCGAACCUGGUAAAUAUGGAUAGACCUGAACCCAAGGGCGAUCAAGGAUUACUCGAUUAAUUUCACAACAAGCCUCUCAAAUGAUUGUCAAGAUCUAAAAGGCGUCAUUGAUCUAUCACAACCGCUAUGUUAUACAUUCGAUCGAAUAUUGUUAACAGAACAAAUCAAAUAUCAUAGUACAAGAUAUCUUAGCUUUGAUGUGCAUUGAUUAUUGAUAAGUAUACUGGAAAUACGAAUUCAAUUGAUAAUCGUUUCAUUCAGUCUAUUCAGCUUCCAUCCCUGAAACAGAAAGCAUUUCUCAAGCUUUAUUUUGCAAGUAGAGAUUAAGUAAUAUUUUGUCAUAUUAGAUGAAAACAUGAGCAAUUUGUACAAUAAUAGUAGAGUAAAUUUGCUAAUUUAAAAUUUCAAUGAAGGGCGCUUUUGAAAGACGUCUACCAUUGGAUGAUUUUUAAAGUUCACGCCUUUGUCCGUAAAAGUAAAGCCUUACCCAAUGAAGUGAUCAACACAGUUUAAAAUAAAAGCAAAUGAAUUGAAUUGAUCUCGAGUUGAUAAGUUAAUAAAGCGAAUGGAACUCCCGAUCAUGAUUGAUCAUAAUUUUUUUGCCGAAUACAAUAAAUUAAAUCCAUAUUUAUUAAAGACUCGAAUUCUCGAUGAAAAACCAUCGUCAAUGAGAAAAACCAAAAUAAAACCUGAUUCUACAGCUGAACAAAAUGAAAUUUAACUUUGAACCUUGAAAGUAAAGGGCGACCUGUUAGUAAAGUCCUCAUGAUGAUUUGUUAGACAUGUGAUAGAGAGACAAAUGAUUCACCAUUUUGAUCACAAAACCGUGUUCUGCAAUUUGAUACAUAGCCCAGUCUAAUUAAAUACGGAAUCUUUUCUAAAAUGGACUUUGAAUGAGCUUCUUUUGAAAAAUGUUUGCCAAACCCAUGUUAAAAGGGAUAAGGAGAUUGAGAUAAUUUGUUGAUUUAAUCACUUUUCACAGAUUCUUGCCACUUAUAAAGUUUUACACCAAUUUAAAAUGUAGUCAAAAUCUAAAAUCUCUAUAAUUGCUUAAUGAUUAGUACCAUUAAAACAAAACAUUUAAUUAAUAAUUUAAACUAGGAUGAAACUGUAUAAAUCUUGAGGUUGUCGGGAUAUUAUUGAAUUCAAUCAUUUUGAUUACUUUGUUUACGGAUAUUUAAAGCAAUCUUUCUGUCUGUUUAAUAUGAGUUUACAGCUUGCUUUUAGUUUAUUGUUUUGUUUUGUUUAUUUUCAGUUUAUUUGGUGCAAAUCAAUAACAAAGAGAAAUGCUUUUUACGAUGUUCUUCCUGAACCACCUUCUAUCUAUGAUGAUGAACUUGAAUGGAAGGAAUAUUAUGAUGACUAUGAUACUCUAGUCGCAAUAGCCGAUGCCGAAUCUUUCAGAAAGAAUGUCACUAAUGUAUCCACAUUAACCCUGUUUCUCUUCGUAAUCAUGUUCAUCUCAUUAAUUUGGUGUUGUAUUUGUCCGUGCAUUUGUUUGGUUAUAGGAGACCAAAUGAGAUGCUGUGAUAUCAGGACACAGGCACGAAAAUUCUUGUCUUUACCUCCACCAGGAAACUAUAUCAAUGAAAAGGGUGUUUUGAUUAAA